UGUUUUGUUUUUACAGACCUCCAUGAAGGCCAUUUACAUUUCCUCAUUCCUUAUUGCUCUUCAAGUCUAUUGUCUGCACCAGCCAGGACACAAUGACGGCCCAGAUGGCCAAGGAGAUAAAAUUAUAUUUGAAGAUCAGGAUUCACCUGUGGAAGAGGAACAAGGAAAGAAGACUACAUAUUAUGAAAAGAUAGCUCCCAAUAAUGCUGAUUUUGCAUUCAGAUUCUACAGGCACAUCACAUUCCACACAGCUUCCAAAAAUAUUUUCUUCUCUCCCUUCAGCAUCUCCACAGCUUUUGGAAUGCUAGUUCUGGGUGCCAGAUCUAAAACCCAAAGUCAGAUUUAUGAAGGACUUGCUUUUAACCUGUCAGAGAUUGAGGAAAAUAAGAUCCACAAAGGAUUCCACCAGCUCAUGCAAGUGCUAAGCCAUCCAAAUAACAAAGCACAAGUGAACAUAGGGAAUGCCUUAUUCAUAGAAGAAUCACUGAAAAUACUGCCAAAGUUUCUGGAGGAUAUCAAAAGUUUAUAUACUGCUGAAGCGUUUUCUUCAAAUUUCAGCAAUUCCACGGCAACUGAAAAGCAGAUAAAUGAGUAUGUGCAGAACAAAACCCAUGGGAAAAUAACCCAUGCAGUGGAAGACCUUGAUCCAAGCAGCGUAAUGGUUCUUGUGAACUAUAUUUUCUUCAAAGCUCACUGGCAAAACCCUUUUGACACUGACUUUACCAGAGAAGAAGACUUUUUUCCAGAUGCAAACACAACUGUGAAAGUGCAGAUGAUGUAUCGACAAGGCUAUUACAAUUUUCUCUAUGACAAUGAGCUCUCUUGCUGGGUGGUGGAAGUUCCAUAUAAAGGCGAUGCUUCUGCAAUUUUCAUUUUGCCUGAUGAUGGGAAAAUGAAGCAAGUGGAGGGUGCCUUGUCCAUUGAAACUCUAGCUAAAUGGAAAGCAUCCUUAACAUUAAGGGAAAUACAUCUCUUCAUUCCAAAAUUGUCAAUUUCUGCCUCUUAUAACGUGAAAGAAUUGUUGCAGAAAAUGGGCAUUAUUGAUGCCUUCAGUGACAAUGCUGAUCUGUCUGGAAUAACUGGGGGACGCAAUCUGAAAGUUUCCAAAGCUGUUCACAAGGCUAUCGUGGAUAUUCAUGAAAGUGGUACUGAGGCAGCUGCUGUCACUGUUAUAGAGAUUUCUCCAAGGUUUGGUGGUCCUAGUACUUCCAUCAAAUACAACCAACCCUUCCUCUUCCUAAUCAUUAAUAAAACAACACACACCAUCCUCUUUGCAGGGAAAAUAGUAAAUCCAACUGAAAAACGAUAAUUAGCUGAUCAUUUAGAGAUUUGCAAUUUGUGCAUUACUGGGGGGGGGGGAGGUGAUUUUACACCAUCCAUGAGGAUUGACCUCAUCCCAACAGGGCUGUCCUCAAUUGAUUUGAGAUUAAAGAAGGUGAGUGCAAAGCAUCCAUUGUUUGAAUAAAAAAAUAUUUUAAAUUGC